AUGGAACGUAAAACAAUACUGGCAUGCGACCAAUGUCAUGGUCACAAACUCAGAUGCACGCCUCUCUCUCAGGGAUGCGUCCGUUGCAAUAGACUGGAAAUUCGAUGCACAUCAAAUCGCAUGAUAAAAAGGAGAGGAAGAAAGCCCAAGCUCGAGCGAGCAUUGCCAAUCUUGAAUUUUUACCCAGAUGCUCCAGAUUAUCCAAUCUUGGAUUGCAUUCAAGGGCUUUUCGCCAUGACGACACCCUGUGCGGAAACUCAACUCACACGUGCUGAAGCUUGUUGUCUGCUCGAACAUUUUUAUGAAUCACCGAAUCAAGAACUCCAUACACGAUUAAUACGAAGGCAUAGAUUGUUUGACCAGCAUGCCCCACGGCCAACAUCACCCCCAGUGGUUCUUUCUAUCCUCUGCUCUGCUAUGUUCAUGCCACGUGUUGACCGUAGCCCCGUUCUGCCAGGAAGAAGCUUGAAUGAACACACAGCUUUGCGGCGAAACCUCUUUGCAGAGUUGAUACGUCAGUUUCACCCUAGGACUCUGCCGGAUUUUCAUCAUACCUUCGAUGACGCUCUGACUGCGUUUGUGAUUACGAGUAUUGGUCCUAGCGAGAAGUCUGUGGAAUCCAGUCUUCAAUACUGGCUCACAUUCCUGAAAUUUAUCGUACAGAAACUGGACCUGCAUAUGGACGUACCACAUUUAUGUGAGGAUGACAAAGAAGAGAGACGGAGGCUAUGGUGGGCAACUUAUAUUAUUGAUCGUCACUCUUCCUUGUCCUUCAAUAGCCGGCCCCUUAUCACUGACCACGAAUGCCACCAACUUCCUACACCACGCUCUGACAGUAUUUGGGACCAGACGGGUUCAUUAACCGCAGCCAAAGAUGACAUGAACUACGGAACUGAUAUCCUUAAGUAUGCUGUGUGCAGCCUAGACAUGUUUGGUGUUUUUAUUCCCCUGUCAAGGAUAUUAGGCGAAAUACUUGAAUAUCAUUUCCUUUGCGGCAGCGCGACCUUUAAUCAGUCUGCUGAUUAUCUGCUGUCUGUGAGACGAAAUAUCGAGGGCAAUCUUGGCCUGUGGUUCAUCUCUUUCCAGUCUCUAGUCGAACCUGACUUUGCUAAACUUGCAGAAGUUCAAGGCGAGGCUCCGGCCUUGCGCGAUGAGCCUCAGAUUGCUUAUUACGCACUGCAUCUAUAUCAUUGCAUGCAUAUAUUGUUGUAUGGCCCAAUGGACAUCGUGGUCAUGUAUGAGGAUUUGAAAUGGCAAGCAUCAUCUGAAUUUGUUGCAGCAUGCGAGCAUGCAAAUGCUUGCGCCAAGAUGGCACAGCAUGUUUUGAGGGUCGAUCCCCAUCUAUCGCUCAUGUAUAGAUAUUACGGGACUUAUUUCCUUCAGUCUUGCUUUAUAUUCCUUAUACUUGCUCAAAAACUAGGCCGACAGUCAGAUGACCUGAUCAUAAGCAACUGCGCCAUCAAUCUCGAAGUCCUGGACAAGUUCAUCCUCACAACCAAUAUGGACUACCAGCAUGAUUUCGCGAAACUCCUACGCAAGGUUCUUUCCGAUCUCAUUCAACAUCCGACGUCAAAAGAGCCCGAGUUGGAAGAGGCUGCCCAGUCUUCGUUGGACCCCGAAAUGCUUCGUUACCGCUGGAUACCUGGCUUUAAAGGACUGGUACCCAACCCAGACCUGGUUGAAUGA